AUGGUGGCGAGGGACCGCUUCGGUGGUGCCUACGCUGACCUGGGCUUAACACCGCUGCAACGGGCCAUUCGCAAUGCAUGCGAUCUCUCGCACUACGAACCCAACCUCGCCCUCAAUCUCGAAGUGGCCGAUCUGAUCAACUCCAAGAAAGGCAAUGCACCCCGCGAAGCUGCCUUCGAAAUCGUCCAUCUUAUCAACUCGCGGAAUCAGAAUGUAGCUUUACUGGCAUUGGCGCUCCUCGACAUCUGCGUCAAGAACUGCGGAUACCCGUUCCACCUCCAGAUCAGUACCAAGGAAUUCCUGAAUGAGUUGGUGCGGCGGUUCCCCGAACGGCCGGCGCUGCGGCCGUCGCGGGUGCAGCACCGGAUCUUGGAGUCCAUCGAGGAGUGGAGGCAGACGAUCUGCCAGACAUCGAGGUACAAGGAGGAUCUGGGAUUCAUCCGCGACAUGCACCGGCUAUUACUCUACAAGGGCUACGUGUUCCCGGAGAUUCGACACGAGGAUGCGGCGGUGCUGAAUCCGAGCGAUAACCUGCGUUCGGCGGAGGAGAUGGAGGAGGAAGAUAAGGAGGCGCAGUCGGCGAAGCUGCAGGAGCUGAUUCGCAGAGGAACUCCCGCGGAUCUGCAGGAGGCUAAUCGACUGAUGAAGGUGAUGGCGGGCUACGAUAACAGACACAAGACGGACUACCGGGCGAAGGCCGCGGAGGAGGUCGCCAAGGUACAGCAGAAGGCGAAGAUCUUGGAGGAGAUGCUCCAGAGUCACCAGCCGGGCGACCGGGUCGCAGAGGGGGAUGUGUUUGAGGAACUGGCGGGUGCGCUCCAGAGUGCUCACCCAAAGAUCCAGCGGAUGUGCGAGGAGGAGGGGGAUGAUCCGGAGGCUGUUCACAAACUGCUGGAGAUCAACGACAGCAUACACCGCACGAUCGAACGCUACCGGCUCGUCAAGAAGGGCGACUGGCAGGCUGCCGCACAGAUCCCCAAGGGCACGCUGGGCACGACGACGGGAGUUUCGAAGAACGCGAACAACCAGCUGUCGCUAAUCGACUUUGACCCGGAGCCGGCUCCCAGUGCGAAUGGCAAUGGCAACGGCGCCGCGGCCGCGACGGGGGGCAGCGCGUUGGAGAACGAUCUCCUGGGGCUGUCAAUAGACGAGCCUGUCCCGGCGCAGGGCGGGAUCUCGUUAGGACCAGCGGUUGCGACAUCGUCUGCUACGCCACCGAUGCCCCAGGCGCCGGCUGGCUUCAAGCCCAACUAUGAUAUCCUUUCCUCACUGGGCAGCACAUCCCGAUCACCCUCGCAGUCGUCCACCCCGGUCCCCCACGCACGACCCCAGAGCAUAGCUACCACCAACAUCACGACUACGGCGACUCCGCCACCCCCUGCCGUCGACCCGUUUGCGUCCCUGGUCUCCGCCAGUCCCCGGCACGCGAGCCCCGUGCCAUCCGGGUCCCUGCUCGAUCUGGCAGGAAGCGGGCCCGUGCAACCGGUUGGCGGCGGAAAGUCGGCAGAUGAGGACGAAUGGAAUUUCGCAUCGUCGCUGCCGGAGAGCAACCUGCUUCCGAGCAGCAACCGAGUCGUGGUGCUGAGUUCGGCACUGCGGAUUGAAUUUGUGGCGCGCCGACCCCCGCAGCAACCGCAGCAGAUCCAUGUCGUGGCCUUGUUUUCGAACGGAACGAGCCAGCCGUUGCAGGAGCUACACUUCCAAGUGGCUGUCGAGAAGGCAUACACGCUGCAACUCCGCCCGCAAUCCGGGCGGGAGAUCGCACCCCUGCAGACGAACGGGGUGCAGCAGGAGAUGCUGGUGGACGGGGUAGCCGGGGGCAAGGGCAACUCGAUCAAGAUCCGGUUCCGGGUGUCAUACCGGGUGGGCAGCGAGCGCAAGGAAGAACAAGGCAUGGUGCCGCCGUUGGGGAUUGCCUGAGAGGCCGGCAGGAAUGGGUUUCUAAAUUGGACAGGGUUCGGGGGAUUUCCACCACCUGCCAAGUAUC